AUGAUGUGGUUCCUCCUUCUCCUCCUCUACACAGCUCAAAGUCAGCCGGUGAUCACUCAAGGUCAGGACAGGAUCAUUCUAAAGGAUGGGAACAACCCAUGCAAAGGCUACAUCGGCAUAUACCACGAUAGCAAACUGGGUUACGUUGGGCACAGUGUUUGGAGCAACAACACAGAAAAAGUGGUGUGCAGAAGCACUCACUGUGGGGAACCCAAGCAUAGCACGACAAUGACCCCGCCCUGGCCCAUCGACAAAGUCUGGAUCAAUGACGUGGAAUGCAAAGGAAGCGAGCAUCGUCUGUGGGACUGUACAUUUCCUGGCUGGGACCUCAGCCAUUUCCAAAAGGGCUCUUUGAAAAAGAUUGAAUGUUCACAUACAAUCAAAAUAGCCCUGGAUGGAUUUAAGUGUGCGGGAGCUGUCAAGUACUCCACAGACGGGGGUGUAACGUAUCCGGGUUACUUUUGUGAUGACAACUGGGGAAAGAUGGAAGCCGAUCUAUUGUGCCAAACCCUCGGAUGCGACACGUCCAAGGAGAUUCCUAAACAGCGAUGGAAGGUUAUAAAGAGAUUCGGUGAUUCAAAGAAGAUGAAGAUCAAGUGUUCGGGACUUCAAAAUGUCACUCAUCUGUGGCAGUGCGCUGUGGAGGAAAGUUCAUGCAAUAACCCUGCUUUAGUCAUAUGCACAGGUCAUGAGAGACUGCAGCUCAAAGGAGAAGCAUCAAAUGUCUGUUCCGGGCGGCUGCAAAAAGAGGAAAAUGAAGAGUGGAAACCUGUUUUGCGGAACACAAGCAAUCCUGAUUUGUGCCAGCAUAUGUACUGUGGCACCAGAAACAAUGACAGUCAUGAUGAGCUUGGCACACUUCUGACGUGUUCAGACAAUGUUAAAGUGGUUCUGAAGGACAAAAACCUAGUGAAAAAAAAGUGCUACGGUGUAGUUCAUAUUGAAGUGAAUAAGACAAGUCAACCCGUGUGCGCCUCCAACUGGAACGACGACGAGGCUAAAGUGGUUUGCUCGGAGCUGAACUGUGGGAGUGUGUUUCGUAAACGUCAAAGCAAAGAGAGAAAGCAGGGGAUAAUGGACAACGUGAAGUGCUCUGGCAACGAAUCAUCACUGUGGUACUGCAGAGCCAAGCGUGACCACAACCACAACCCUUUUACAUGUGAUUCCACCGCCCACGUAGUCUGCACAGAUAGUAUGAGCGUGAGAUUGAUGGACGGUCCUGGGAAGUGUGCCGGGAGAGUGGAGAUCGAGCAUGAGGGCAAAUGGAAAAGGGUUGACCAAAAAGAUUGGAAAGACACAAACUCAGAUAUUGUCUGCAGACUAUUGGGCUGUGGGAAUAAAGGAAGUGUGGGAAUAUUCAGCCAGGGUUCAGGUGUAUUUCUGGCUUAUAAUGUAGAAUGCAACGAAAAGACCACACACAUAUCUGAGUGUCUUAAAGAUGAACAAAACAACAAAGUCGACGGGACGAAAGCAAUCGGAAUAACCUGUUCGGGCCACAAAGUGGUUUUUCUGAAGGCAAAUAAGUCCUGUUCUGGCAUGGUGGGGUUACAGUACGGCAUCCAAAUCUACUGGCUCUCCGGCUCUAACAGGACAUGGAACCAAGAGUCUGCAAACACUGUGUGUCAGCAGAAUAACUGUGGGAACGCCUCAAGUUAUAACUCCAUCCGUAAUACAAAUAUGAAUUAUUCCAUUUGGCCUGAAUCUUACAACUGCUUAUCCAGCCCCAAAUCUCUGUUUGACUGUGAAAAUACACCAACACCAACAUCUGACCACAACGAUACUAUUGCCACUGUGAAUUGCUCAGGGAACAUUAAAGUGGACCUGGCCAAUAAGUGUUGGGGCAAUGUCAAGGUUUGUUUGGACGAGAAGUGCGGAGAAGUGUGUGCUGACACCUGGACAAAGGAAAAGUCGGAAAUGCUUUGUAAAAAACUGAAGUGCGGGUAUCCAGUCGAAUCCAAACCCACUACCGAGCAUCAAAAAAAGAAUGUGACCUUUAUAAGUUUGCACUCCACGAAGGAGACGACAGACCUGUCCCAGUGCAAUUUUGUCAAAGGUGACGCCAGCUGUGUCCCAGCCUAUGUUGUCUGCUCAGGUAGCAUCAAGGCCAAAUUAAAUGCUUCAAGAGAUAAAUGUUAUGGAAAUGUGGAGGUGGAUUAUGAAGGCCAGUCGCUCCCAGUUUGCAAAGAAGCUCUCAAAGAUUCCAAAACACAAAACGCUAUCUGUGAGAAGCUGGGCUGUGGUCCGACUAUCAUGCAGAUCGCCUCCUUCGGUCCUAUAGCAGCAGGGCGUCGUGUCAUUUCACAAAUCCAGUGUGAUACUUCACAAAAGUCACUAGAAAAAUGUACUGUCACUGCUGCCCUGGACGCCUGCGAACUUGGUGGCCUCCAAUGCUCCGGCUGGAGCAAGAUAGCGCUGACUACCAAAACGUCAUGUAGCGGAGCUGCAUUUCUUCACUGGCAUCAGGAUAAUAGUAGUGCUAUUUCCAGAGAGGGCCUGACUACAACUUGGGGGGGGAGACUUUGCCAGAGUUUGGGAUGCGGCAAGCUCAAGUCCAUGACCACAACCACAUCGGAUUCUCCCUUGACCACACGCAUCACAUGUACCGGGAAAGAGGAAAACAUCUGGGGCUGUGUCAGGGAGACAACGAGUAACCAAUCAAAGCAGCAGCUCUUUCUUGAAUGUGAAGAUGAACCCAAUGUCACCCUUUCAGAGAGAUGCUACGGUGCAGUGAAGAUAAAUGGCAUUGAGGUGUGCAACAGUAACUGGAAGGAUGACUACUCACAUCUCAUUUGCCAAGAGCAGAAAUGUGGCAACGCCAUUCCCGGCCACUUUCCUGGUCUUCAGUCUAGUUCAAAUAAGAAGUACCACCAUGUUCGUUGUGAGGACAACCACUAUCAUUUCGGCCAGUGCAAGAGAUUCAAGGGAAAGUGUGACGGAAGAUUGGUGUCCAUUUACUGUGUUAACAGUGUCCAGUUCAACACCACAGCAUACUGUGGAGGUCAAAUUGAAGUCAAAUAUGGGAACAAGUCGGAAAAAGUGUGUGCCCCGAAGUUUACCCCGGAACAUUCUGAUAUGCUUUGUAAGCAGCUCAAAUGUGAAGGCCACAAUGAUAGCAUAAAGAUCACUAACAAGGAAAACCUGGUCACCUUGGGAGACACACUGAACUGCACCGAUGAUCACCUGGACAUCAGAUACUGCUUGAGCCACAAGUCUUGUGGUGGUAAAGUCAAACCUGCUGAGAUCUACUGUAAAGGAUAUAAGGCGCCGACAAGCAACUCUCCUGAGGCCACCAAGACCUCUUUAACGCUUAUAUUGCUGGUGGUAGGAUUCACUCUGGUUCUAGUGAUAUUGAUUGUCGUAUUCAUACGAAUCUUUAUCGUCAAGAAAGCCAAAGAAAGGCAGAACGUCCCGCGAAUGUUUUCAAAAAAAGAAGUGGAGUUUGAAAGUGGCGAAUAUGACGACGUGUUGAGCAAAGCAAAUGAAAUGGAAGAAUUCAGUCGUGGCGGAUUCAGAUCUGAGGCCGAAGUCAUCACGGAGAACGACGCACGGAGCACUUCCUCGUUUCCUUACGAUGACAUCGACGACGUGGCUGUCGCACGACCGCUGACCUCUGGGGCCGCCACUGCCUGUGCCACAGGGGACGACCGCAUCCACGAGGGUGCCCCGGAGCAAAGCCCUGGAAAGUUCCCAACCAGCUUGAAUGCAUUUUUUUCCAGCUUUGACAAAGUCUCGCAUUGUCAGAAAUCAGCAAUUUUAACAGGCAACUAAUUGUUUUCACAGAUGAGGUGUCCUACGAAGUGGACGACCCGCAAGAUAAUUACGACGACAUCGAGGCCAGCCCUUUAAUCACUCAGACUGAAGCUGAGGUCCAUGAUAGCACCCAAACCACACCUGAGAGCGACGCAGCGGCCCCUCUAGGAUUGGAAAAGGGGGAUGAGGACUACCUAGUGCCUACACCGGUGAGCCAAAACUGAGUUUGGCUAAGUAAAGCAGAUCACCCCAAAAACCCAGCUCCAAUAAACUCUGCCAUAAAUGUACCAAAAAAAAGGCAGAAAUUUGCUUCUCUAGAUGAAACAAAGUGAAUCAUCCAUACUCUGAAAUACUGAUGAUUUCAGCUAAGACAAUAUUGUAUAGAUUAUAAUUAGAAAAAAAGAGUCUAAGACAUUUCCUGUAUAUACAGAAAACCCAAUCUAAGUGCAUAUUAUCAAUAAUCACAAACAAAGUGUAAGCCAUCCAAUCACAGGUGAGGAAAAAUGCCCUUUCUCUUCAAAUGUACAAGAUGAAAGUGAACUAAAUAAGUUUGCAUCACUUAAUACGCAUUGUUAAUAAGCAUAGAUGCAAUAACAGCUUUCUGUUUUUUUUACUUAAUGUUGUUGAUGACAUUUUUUUUAUAAAAUGUGCUCAGGAUGGUUUAGAAUCAUAUCUGAUUUUCUGAUUUGUUUAUUAAAUCUGAUAUAUUAGUAGUUGUUGUGUGCAAAGCUUCAAUGAUUUAAACAAUAUUUUAUGAGAAAUUAGUUUUGCAGUAGUUUUUAAAUUUGAUUUCUAUAAAAACAUGUGAAUAAUAGUAGUGGGAAAAAAAGAAAAAAAAAAAAGAAAAGGCAAACGCUUAAUAAAUUGUAUAACACAGCUGAUACAGUAAACUCAUUUUACCGCAGGAUUAUAUUGUAUAUUUCUGUGCAAGUUUAUAGUUGUAAGAUUUUACUGUCACUUUUUAAAAAAAUGUAUUGAAUAGUUUCUUAGAGUUCUAUAACAAUGUCUGUACGGUGAAUAUGGAGAUACAGCCAGCGGAUGGUUAGCUUAGCUAAGCAUAAAGACUGGAAGCAGGUGAAAACAGCUGACCUGGGUCUGUCCGCAAGUAAAAGAAAGCCACUCAGUAGUUUUAUUUGUACCUUUUUUCUGGCAACCAGAAAAAUCCAAUUGCAUGACUUUUUGUAAUGAAUUCCAACACAUUAACAUGGUCAAAUGCGCUCGAUGUACUUUUUUGACAAAAGAUUGUCUUUACUAUAGAAUAAUGAGAAGAGAGUUAGGCGGGUUUUUGUUAUCUUUUGGACGAAGUGUGGCUAGUCGUUUUACCCUGCUUCGAGUCUUUAUGCUAGGCUCUACUUCAGAUUUAAUGUACAGACAUGAGUCUUAUGAAUCUUCAAAUCUAACGCACCGCAAGAAAGCAAAUGUACAUAUUUCCAAAUUCAAAGUGUUCCUUAACGUGUCCUAUAAAACAUGAAUAUAACGUUCAGUCAGCCCUGAAUGUCGUCAUUUAUUGCUUAAGUGGCUUCAACAACAAUGUGUGUGUUGUCAAAUUACUUUUAACUGGUAAAAAAUGACUUUCAUUGUAUUUGUUGCAUUAUUUUUUAUUCUUGUAAAGUUGCCGCAUAUAUCUUGCCACACCUUGUACACAGUCCACAAUUCAGUCAGUGCAUCAUGGCAUUAGCUCUGAAGCAAUCACUGUAUCUCGUUGCGAGGCACCAUUGUGUUAGCCUUGUGUUAAAAGCAGCUUUGUCCAGCACAACAUUAAAUUCUUU